AUGGAUCCCCUCAGCAUCACUGCAGCCACAAUCGCGAUAAUUGGAUCCAUAUCCUCAACGUAUAAUGCCAUUCAGCAUCUGAGAGGUCUCCCGAAGGCCUUUAAAGGAGUGGGUCAGAAUCUUCCUCUCGUGAAAGAGACCUUGGAACUUGCUCGUGGCCAGCUUCAAGGCCCAUCCGAUGAAUCGGCCAAGAAGGCGAUUGAACCCGUCAUCCAUAACUGCCAAGAGAAGGCUAUAGCACUGAAUAAGAUAUUUGACGACCUUGACGAAGCGAUGAAGCAAGAAAAGGAUGCAAACGAGUGGUCUGCCCUCGUUAAUCUUUAUCGUAAAACGGUGGUCUACCUGGGAAAAUCGCAUAAGGUUGAGACGCUCAUGCAGGAAUUGCUAAGCAACCUGAAAGGGUUAGCAAUCCACCAGCUGUUCAAGGUGACCAGCCAGGGGCUGACCGUAAAGCUGGAGAAUGCCAUUAAUGAGCUCUCAGCCGUCGAGCCGUCCUUGCCGGACUCGGACUUCGACACGAAGGGCGCGAGCGUUACCCAGACCAACUCAAAUAACGCAAGAGGAUUUGUUUCUACCGGAGGACAUCAAGAAAAUACAAUGGGACACAAAUUCCACUCCGCUGGCAACAUGAGCUUUGCAAAAACUGGAAAAACGGUCCUCGCAUCGAUUAUCAUCAACCACCUCCAGACUUUCUACUCGGACUACCGGAAUGUAGCCUGUAUUUACAUUUACUUUGAUUACAGGAAACAUCAAGUCCAGAACCUGACAAAUCUCCUGUCCAGCUUGCUACUUCAACUUCUAUUGGGUCGCGAUAUUGUCUCUGCCGAGAUCCAAGAGAUAUACGAAGCUUGGAACAUCAGACACACUUACCCUAGUCCAGACGAGUAUAUGGAGAUGCUGAAGUCUCAAAUUAGGACAUUCUCUAAAGUCUUCAUAGUCAUUGAUGCGUUGGAUGAAUGUAUUGACGAUGUCAAUAAUAAGACUUUAAGCAGCCUUUUACGAGCUUUUCGAUCGCUCCCAGUAAAGGCUCAUAUGCUCUUCACGUCGAGGCCAAGCGUGAACUUUGCCCCACUGAUAAACGCUAGUAUUGAAAUUGAUGUAACUGCUGAUUCCAAUGAAAUGAAAGGAUACCUGCGCCAGUCUAUCGAUAAUCAUUCACAUCUGAAAUCUGUGGUCGAAUCUGGACUUAAGAAGAACGCUUUGUUUUUAGAAAAUGCUCUGGACGUCAUCGUGGAGAAGUUUCUUCUCGUUGAUCUCCAUAUAAAAUUCCUUGAGAAUACUCAUAAUCUGGAGGGAUUCACACGUGGCUUAGCUGAGCUUUCAAGAACGCCGGAGGAGGUGUACCGGACGGCGUUAGACAGAAUAAGAAUGCAGCACCCUGUCUACCGUGAUUUGGCCAUCAACGUGCUUAAAUGGAUCGUCUUUGCCGAAAGAGCAUUGACCAUUGACGAACUGACACAUGCAAUCGCCAUUCAGGAUGCUUUUGCUGGAUCUCAACCUGGGGACCCACCCUUGCCCAAAGCUGAUUUGACUGUUGGGACUGAAAGGGUUCUCACUUCAGUCUGCGCUGGGAUCGUUGUUGUUGACAAAGGCAAAUCGGUCCGCCUGGCGCACGAUACUGCAGAGGAGUACCUCAAAAACAAAAGCUCAGCAAUUUUUCAGGACGCCCACUCAGCGAUAGCCGAGGCUUGUCUGCUUUGUCUCACUAAUAUACCACCCAGGCAGUUGAACGAAACAACCAACUCACAAGAUACGUUAGACGCUGAUUUCCAUGACUAUCCUCUCUUCAAAUAUGCGGCUGAGUACUGGGGCAAUCACAUAUUGUAUGGAGUCAGGGGGAACGUUCACAAGCUAGCCUGGGAAUUUCUCUGCGAUAAAAAAGCAUUGAACAGAGCUCUGCGAGCUAUCGAAAACUCCCGAAUUCAGCAGGGGACAAACGCCUCAGGCUUGCAUAUUGCCGCCUACUUCGGGCUGGUUAGUUCGGUGCAAAAGGCGAUGAAGCGUAACAGGGACAUCAAUUUUAAUCCAAAGACUAAUCCGUUGCAUAUGGCGAUUAUGGGUAAAGACGGCGCAGACGAGGCCUUAGUCAACUUCUUACUGUCGACAGGGACAGUUAAUCUUAACCCCCAAGACACUCAAGGAUGGACGCCUCUAAGAUGGGCCGCCGCGUACGGCCAAUUGAAUAUAGUCGAGAUAUUGCUGCGCGCUGGGGCUGAAGUGGACGCGCGCGACACGGAUGGGUGGACCGCGUUACGCUGGGCAGCACACCAGGGUCAUAAGACAAUAGUCAAGCUGUUGAUUCGCCACGAGGCAUCGAUCGAGACCUCCAGCGGUGACCAGUGGACAUUGACCAGGUGGGCGGCACAAGAGGGACGGGAGGAUAUCAUUAAGCUCCUAGUUGAGAUGCGAGUUGAUCUGGAUGCGACUGAUGCGGAUGGAUUGACACCACUUCGAUGGGCAGUCAACUAUGGCCGGGCGAUGACCGCAUGGUUGUUGAUCCAGGCUCACGCAGAUGUCGACAAGGCGGAUAGGAAAGGCAUGACAGCGCUCCACUCUGUAGCAGAAAGAUGCAGCAACGGCAAUAUCUCCCUCCAGAUCUUAUGGCUUCUCUUAGAGAAUCAAGCGAACAUCAAUGCAGAGACAAAACUAGGCUGGACGCCGUUGCACUCCGCUGCAUCUGGUGGAAGCCACUCGGCUGUAUGGCUCUUGCUUGAGAAAGGGGCAAACAUCAACGUACAGACAAAACUCGGUCUAACGCCGCUUCAUAUCGCCGCGUCCGGAGGGAGGGACUCGGUAGUGAAGCUAUUGCUUGAGAGAGGAGCAAAUCCGAAACAAGGAGAUGACAACGAGCGCACAGCUCUGCAUUGGGCCGUUGAGGAACAAGAAACGAGAGCUGCAGAGUUGUUGAUCAAGAAGGCAGGCGAUAUUGUCCACGCUGCGGAUCAGGAGAAACGGACGGCACUCCACUGUGCAGCGUCCAUAGGAAAUACCCACAUUGUUGAGAUGCUUUUGGAUCAUGGGGCACACAUUAACGUCCAGGAUCGUAACGGGCAGACGCCUCUACAUCUUGGAGUGUCUCAGCAACACGAGAGUGUUGCAACGUGCUUGGUUUGGAGAGGCGCUGAUUGGAGUGUCCUAAACAAGAAAAAGAGGACUGCUAUUCACUUGGCGACAGACCUGGAAAAUGAAGCGAUCAUAGAGGCUAUUCGCUCAUUCCGCCUAACCACGGGUGCUAGCGACGUCGACGACGGUGAGAAUGCUUCACACAGGGAAGCGACAAAGCCGAAGAAUAGGAAUGCGAAAUUCGCAGCUCGAGUAGAAGAUGAAUAA